AUGGAUGGACCCACAGACUGUCAUUUACAAAGUGAAUGCCUGGAAGUGACCCGUUUCCCUCCUACAGGGGUUGCCAGAGGCCAGAGGGACCAAGCCAGCCAGGCGUCUGGGAGGUGGCUCCAAGAAGGAGGCCAAGAAUGUGAGUGCAAAAUCUCUCCCUUUUCUUUUCACCAAAGACACCACAGGAAGCCAACCAAGCCCUCCAGAGCCUGCCAGCGAUUUCUCAGACAAUGUCAGCUGGCAAGCUUUGCUCUGCCUUUAUAG